CGAUGUGCAACAAAGAACAAAAAAUGUUGUUCCUCAGGAAAAAGAAAAAGGAAACGCUGUGAAAUGAGCUGCAGUUUCAAAUACUGCUGUAUUGAUAACUUGGAUGUCUAAAAUCCUGACGGACAACAUCGAUAUACUGUAGGUCUGAGGUUGUUUUCUACAACGUUCGAUUUUUUUUAAUUAAAUAAUUUGUAUUUAUUUAAUACAGUUAUUUUUAUCAUUUCAUUUAUAUUUAGUGUCCAAAUGGACCAAAUUUUUUAUUUAUAUAUAUAUAUUUUUAAAUCUCGUUCUGUCACGUGGUUUGUGUUUAGGCUCCAAACUAAAUAAGAUACACAAAAAAACAUUAUUUGGUGUUAAUGUGUAUUAAGUGCUUAAAAUGCAGGAAAACUUGAUUUCCUUUGGAUUUCCUGAGCUGUGACAUUGCUUUAGUCUAUAGUGAGUCUGUAUAAUGGAACCAGAGAGUAAAAAGAGAAAAGGCAUGGAGUAUGAUCCAGACUCUUGGCAUGUCCUUCCUGUCCUGUCAGACGAAAUGUCUGAGGACGUUAAAUUAGUGGACGCUUACGCUGCUCCGAUCACAGAUAAGCGGCAGACGUCACGUCUGGUCAAAGCCCUGUCUGUGCUUCAUCCUUUAGCAGAUCUUCAGCACAUUAAAAGGGUGAGAGCAUGCAAGGACAAGACCAGCCCUCAUCCGUUAGAAGUGAUCGUGUGUCUUGUUGAUGACGUCACCAUCGCCGGCUCCGCGGCAGAACCUCGGGGUCCAGCCCUGACGGAUCUCCUGAGCUCGGAAGACUUCAACUCCGAAGGCUUGGGAGAACCUUUCCUGGUCCGAAUCCCAGCCCGAGCUCCUUUAACCAGGCCGCAGUUUGAGCGAGCGAGCCGGCACUGGCCGACGAGCUUCCACGAGGACAAACAAGUCACGCUGGGUUUGACCGGACAGCUCUUUACGUUCAGCCAGAAAGCCAAAAUCCAGGAAUACAUGACUGCCGCCGUGGAGGCUGCCAGAUCUGGACGCAAGGAAGGAAUGGACGCAGCGGGCGCCGUGAUCGUCGACCCGAAAUCGGGACAGAUUAUCGCGGUGGGUCACGACCUGACCCGGGAUCAUCCUCUUCACCAUGCUGUCAUGGUGUGUAUCGAUCUUGUUGCCUGGGCACAGGGAGGAGGUGUGUAUCGGUACGAGAAACACCCAGCAUGCAGAUACAGCGCCCCCGACCUGGGUCAGCGUGAAGCCUCUGCGUCUGAGGACCAGCCGUACAUCUGCACCGGGUACGAGCUGUACGUCACCAGAGAGCCGUGUGUGAUGUGUGCCAUGGCACUCGUUCACUCCAGGAUCAGCCGGGUUUUCUACGGAGCGGCUUCUGCAGACGGUGCUUUGGGCACCAAAUACAAGAUUCACUGCCGGAAAGAGUUGAAUCACCAUUUUGACGUUUAUAAAGGAGUCAUGAGUCAGACCUGUGAGGAACUGACUCGGCUCAAAUGACUCAUUCUUUUUUUAUGCUGUUUUUAAAGACUUCCCUAGUCAACUGUUAUUAUUUGUUAAAAUUUUACUUGGCUGUUCAUUAAAGAUAUUUUCAUAUGA